AUGAGCUUAGACACUGGUAUUAACGCUAUGCCAUACGAUGCAUUCCGAGAUUUGCUAUCUCACUGCAUCUCAAUCCUUGAGCUAGGCAUUUCACGCUCAGAAUCACGCUUCAUCAUUCGUCUUAUGCGACAUUUCAAGACUUUGAGAUCGUUUUUAAAUAACCAUCCGUCAACUUCUGUUAGAAUUCUAAAGGCUCACCUGAAAGGAUAUGCCUUCAGUUCAAACCCCUGUGUUGUGGCAGAAUUGGCCUACAACUCACUAAAGGUCGCUAGUCCACCUAUUUUGGCUACAAGCGCGCAAGGAGAUUCUCUAUCUGAUGAAAAUUUACAUGAUGAGUUUACAUCUCCUUCAUUUGAAAUACAAUUCGUUCCACACGAUUCUCAACUUGCUGAAACUAAAGUAAUGCUUGCUACACUUGCAUUGAUUUACCUUUUGGACUCUAAGGAAUAUGAGCUGGCAAUGGAAUUGGCAGACAAACUUGCAAAUUUGAUGUUAAGUUUCAAUAAGCGUAUUAUGGACUACCUGGCUGCCAAAAUUUAUUUCUACUACUCUAGGAGUUAUGAACUCGGUGGGAAGUUUAAAGAUGCCAGAAACCUUUUGAUGAAAUCGUACCGCAAGGCUUGCCUGCAUCACGACCCUAUGACUCAGGCUGUGACUUUUAAUUGCAUUUUGAGAAAUUUGAUCCAUCAUAAGCUCUACUCUCAAGCAUUCAAGCUAAUAUGCAAGACUACCUUCCCAGAAUACCUGAGUUCUAAUGCACAAUAUGCAAGAUAUCUCUAUUACUACGGCAAAGUAUUAUCUGUCCAGUUGGAAUAUAGUGAAGCGUGCAGUAAGCUAAUGCAAGCAAUCAGGAAAGCCCCUCAAAAUGACAAAACAGCGUAUGGAUUCAAACUACAGGCAACAAAACUCUCUAUCAUUGUUAAUCUACUAAUGUGUGAUAUUCCCAGCAAAAGUGUCUUCACAAAUCCAAGCACCAGAAAGGAUCUGAAACCUUAUGAAGCUGUGGUUAUCGCUGUUAGGACAGGAGAUUUGGGAAUAUUCUCUGAACUGUGUAACAAAUAUUCUUCUUUAUUUGAGAAAGACGACACAAUGUUUCUGAUCUCUCGACUUCGUAAUAAUGUAAUAAAGGGAGGAUUGCGCAAAAUUAACAUUGCCUAUUCAAAGAUUCCACUUAGCCAUGUGGCUAGUAAGUUGGGGAUUUCUUCCGUGGAUUACACUGAAAGUAUCAUCUCAAAGGCUAUCCAUGACGGCAUUAUAGAGGCCGUAAUUGAUCAUGAUGCCCAAUUUGUUCAAUCAAAGUGUAAUGUGGAUUUGUACAAGAGUUAUGAGCCAAUGCGCGCAUUUCAUAAAAGGAUAAAUUUCUGUCUGAAAUUGCAUUCAAAUGCCAUACAGGCCAUGAGAUAUCCUGAGGAGCAAGAGAAUAGCAAAGAUGCCGCAGUACCAUCGAAUGAUAAGGAUUCUCUGGAGCUUGAGUUUGACAAUGGGCUUGGCGAUGGUCCGCUCCUUUAA